AUGUCGGCGUCACAAAAGCCAAUCCGUCUUCCUCCGGUGAAAGUCCUCCGAGUUCGCAACCCGAAUGGUCAGAGGGAACGUCCGUGCAUGGCUCUCAUGUCAUCUGUUUUAGCAUGCUGGGCAUCUGCAGGAUAUAGCACCGUUGGAUGUGCGCAGGUUGAACAGGCCUUGCGGAAUUGCAUGGAUGGACCACAACCUUCGAAGCCCAAGAGCAGCGAGAUCAACUACCACCUUGCGCGAUUCAAGGAUAGGCUUACCUACGCGGAAAAGAAAAAGAAAUGA